UACUUGUAUAAAUGUUGUUUGAAAAAACAUCGUGCGCCCUGUAAAGAGACGAGAGUAUGCGGCAAAGACGGAUGUACUGUAAAACACCACCCGUCACUACACAAUUCGGCAGGUAAGGGAAGACACGAAGCAAAUUUCUCUCACUCUACAGCCACCGACGAGAACAUACUAUUGCGAUACGUGCCAGUUGAGCUGCAGGCUGUAGGAAAGACGAUCAGAACAGUUGCUUUUCUCGACGAAGGAGCGUCAGUAUCGCUAAUCGAACAUUCGCUAGUUGACGAGCUGGAACUUGAAGGGACAAACCGACCUCUUUGUUUGAAAUGGACUGGAGGACAACAUCGCACUGAACGAGAUUCAAAACAGUUCUCUUUAUAGACGUAGUGCAUACAUGGACGACGACGGUAUCUUACGAGUACGAGGAAGAAUCGAUGCUUGUCGUUACGCAAGCCAUGACAUGAAGAGGCCAAUUAUUCUUCCCAAAAAAUCCUGGCUCACCGAUCUGAUUGUAACGGAGUACCACUGGAAAUAUAAACAUCAAAAUCAUCAAACCGUAAUGAAUGAAGUGCAGCAAAAGUUCGAUAUUCCUGGCCUACGAAGCGCGUGCCACAGAGUGCGAAACAAUUGCUUUAGAUGUAGCCUUCGUAAAGCUUACCCUAAACCUCCAGUGAUGAAUGAGUUGCCGUUAGCUCGAGUGUCGCCGUACGCCAGACCGUUCUCCUACACAGGGAUAGAUUACUUCGGACCUUUUUUGGUCGCUGUUGGACGGAGACAGGAAAAGCGCUGGGGUGUGCUGUUCACGUGUCUAACAAUACGGGCCAUACACAUAGAGGUGGCUCACAGCUUGAACACCAGCGCUUGCAUCAUCGCUAUUCGCAAUUUUAUCGCACGUAGAGGGACUCCGAUUGAAAUCAGAACUGAUCGUGGGACUAAUUUCGUUGGCGCUGAUCGUGAGUUGAAAGAUGCGGCGAAGCAGAUAAACACCGAGGAGCUGAUAGAUGAAAUGUACCUCCCCGAUACGACGUGGAUAUUCAACCCCCCCGGAGCACCACAUUUCGGUGGUGCAUGGGAGAGAUUAAUCCAAUCAGUUAAACGCACCCUCUCCGGCAUGCAAUUUACCAAAACACCGACAGAUACCGUUUUCGCCAAUUGGUUAAUUGAAGUAGAAAACAUUAUCAACUCUCGCCCACUAACACAUGUAUCGGUUGAUAGUGAGGAAGAAGCCGUGUUAACGCCAAACCAUUUUCUCUUGGGUUCAUCUUCUGGAAUAAAACCAUUAACAUCUCUUGAUGAUUCUUCCGCAGCCCUCAGGAACAACUGGAAGAUGUCACAACUGUACGCAGAUCAAUUUUGGAAAAAAUGGUUAGCUUCUUAUCUGCCUACGCUCACCCGUCGCAGCAAAUGGUUUGAGACCCAGCCGCCAUUGCAAUUAGGAGACCUCGUGCUGAUUGUCGAUGACGCCCUACCAAGAGGAUGCUGGCCUAAGGGAAGAAUCGUACAGCUCGUACCUUCGAAGGACGGAACAACUCGGCGUGUGCACGUACAGCUUGCGAACAAAAAGAUUAUAGAGAGACCGGUAGUAAAAAUCGCUGUAAUAAACGUAGAACCGCACGAAAGAGUUUAA